UUUUGCCAGUGAGUUACUCAUAACUUCCUGUUGUGUUCUGCCGAUGUGUACACCGGACCUUUUGAUAGAUUUUUAGUUCUGUAAAAAAAAUUUAUUUCAGUUUAUAUCGUAUAAAUAGUCGUAAUAUAGUCAUAUACAUUAAUAUUAUCAUAAAGUAAGACGAAACAGUCCCGCAUUUUAUGAUACGGGAAUUUAUUCAAGGCUGUGAAUUCGUAGGUUUGGGUAGCUAACUGGCUACCCGAGUUAACUAGCUAGCACAGCUAGCUCGUUAGCUUGUCUGUAUCGAGCCGCAACAUUGCUGGAGGUCGGUGUGGGAUUUUCUUGUCAUCUUUGGUUGCUGUAAACACUGUUGUUCGCUUCUCCUAAUCAAAUCAUGGCUGUUGUCAACGAAGGUGCACUCAAGAAAAUGCUGUCAAAGCAAUACAAGUACAGAGAUCUGACGGUGCGCGAAAUUACCAACGUGAUUUCCCAGUACAAGGACUUGAAGCCUCUAAUGGAUGCCUACGUUUUUAAUGACGGUUCCACUCGAGAGCUGAUGAGUCUGACGGGAACUGUGCCAGUGAUUUACAGAGGAAGCGUGUACAACAUCCCAGUGUGCCUCUGGCUUCUGGACACCUACCCCUACAACCCGCCCAUUUGCUUUGUGAAGCCCACCAGUGCCAUGAUGAUCAAGACCGGGAAGCACAUCGAUGCCAACGGCAAGAUCUACCUGCCCUACCUGCACGAGUGGAAGCACCCCCAGUCGGACCUGUACGGCCUGAUCCAGGUGAUGAUCGUGGUUUUUGGGGAAGAGCCUCCGGUGUUUUCCCGCCCCACAACACAGACCCCUUUCCAGGCUUCGGGACCCCCCAACACCUCCUACAUGCCUGGUAUGCCCGCAGUGUCGCCUUACGGACCUGGGCACUCUGCCAACCCUGGUGGGUACUCUGGCUACCCUGCUUAUGCCGGUGGAAACUCCUACCCCGCCAACGCUGGCCCGAAUCACUACACCUCCCAGUCUCCUGUCACAACCGUCGGCCCCAGCCGGGACGGCACCAUCGGGGAGGACACGAUCCGCGCCUCGCUGAUCUCGGCGGUGAGCGAUAAGCUGCGCUGGAGGAUGAAGGAGGAGAUGGACCGGGCGCAGGCCGAGCUGGACGCGCUGAAGCGCACGGAGGAGGACCUGAAGAAGGGCCACCAGCGGCUGGAGGAGAUGGUGUCCCGCCUCGACCAGGAAGUGACGGAGGUGGACAGGAACAUCGACCUGCUGAAGAAGAAGGAUGAGGAGCUGAGCGUCGCCCUGGAGAAGAUGGAGAACCAAACGGAGAACAAUGACAUCGACGACGUCAUCGUUCCCACGGCGCCCCUCUACAAGCAGAUCCUCAACCUGUACGCGGAGGAGAACGCCAUCGAGGACACCAUCUUCUACCUGGGGGAGGCGCUGCGGCGUGGGGUCAUCGACCUGGAGGUCUUUCUCAAGCACGUGCGUCUCCUGUCCCGCAAGCAGUUCCAGCUCCGGGCGCUAAUGCAGAAAGCUCGCAAGACCGCCGGCCUCAGCGACCUCUACUGACCUCCCGCAAUGCACCUCUUUUUAAGACUGUACCGUCUCUCAUUUCUGGUUUCUCCCCCCCCACCCCCCCUUCCCCUUUUUGAGAUUAUCUGUCCCCCACCUUGACCCAGCUCUCUCCGGUAUAUCGCAUGGGGGGGGGGGGGGGGGUCGUAUCAUGCCCGCCCUCCCACCGCCUCCCCUUUGCUGAUUGGUGGAAGACCUUCUGAUCAUUUUUGACAAACACAGCCAACUAUUGGGUAUUCUAUCAAACUAACAUUUGUUUCAGAUACGGAACAUUUUUUGAAAUACAUAGUGGAAUAAUGGCUCUGAGAGAGUGAGAAAAAGACGAUUGUAGGUUUGCCAGUGACCCUCGAGUGUUGUCUAGUAAUAAGUCCUCAGCAUUAGCGCCACUUAUUGAUCCGUCUUGCUCUCGAUAAGGCGUCAACUGAAAGGUAAACGACCAGGUGCCAUUACGCGAACACUAACUAUUCCCCUCCCCUACUGAUGGAAGCUGAAGGCUCUUUCCUGUAGGCUAACUUGGCGAAAAAAGUCUUGCUUCUUUUGGUUCAACAUCUGCAUAGAACUGUCACUCAGUUGCUUCUCAAGAUCUGGAUCUGUCUGGAUCUUCUGGUGGCAACAAAAAAAUAACUAAAAACGUUAAAACAUUUUGGCAGCACUAAACCUGAACGACGCUGCGACAUAUUUGUGAUGAGCUGUAAGAUUCACUGUAAAACGCUACGUGACGAUGUGUGUAUGGAGCCUAAAGACCGGACCUGUGUCAGCACUACAUACCUGGCACUGGGUGACUGGGUCCAUGCUCUUUGGAAAGGGUAGUAUCUUAAUGGGAGACACUCCGUGGAAAGGUUACACAGUAUAAAUAAAUCCCCACAGCCCUUCAGGAUGAGCAGAGAAUGAACUGUACACUGAUAUAUGCCACUUUUCACCCUCUGGCUUUUUAAAAUGUAGGACUUGCUGCUCAAUCUCGUGGACCUUGUGGGCUUUGGAUUCUCCGAGCUUGUGUUUGAGGGAGGUUGGUUGAGCCGUCGACAUCACUUCCUGUGUUGCAGUUCUACUUCCUGUGAUCGGGCCUUGAUACCCGUCGGGACUGUCAAAUGGAGUAGAUUUUGCAACAGUGUUAUUCAUGGGUUGGGCCUCAGUUAAGACAGUCAUUAUGUGUCAGUUUUACCUAAAUGUACACAUGCUACUACUAUAAAGCAGUGGGUCACAUGGUACAAAGUCCCAAGUCCUCAGAAGAAGGAAAGUUGUAGUUUUUCAUAUGAAGUUGCCAUUUUAUUAUCUAUUUUUCUGUCUCUAUGUUUUUAUUUUCAAUCUUUUUUUUUUCCGCUGUUCUUUACUGACAGGCAAGCUCGUAUUCUCUCUGAUCUUGCUGUUAAGGGAUAAUUUUUUCUAGUUCAGGAUUAAUGUCGAAGACUAAUGUCAGACCUGAAGAUAUUUCACUCACUCCAGUCUAACUUAUAUCAGGUGAAAAAUCUAGUAUUUUGCAUUUGAAAUUUGACUAAAUGCACUUUUGAUGUAAAAUGGAAAUUUUUGUUGUUGGGGAUCCUAUUUAGAAAUAAAAAAUAAUAAUAAUUUCCAAAA